AUGAUGAAGCUGCUGCUGGUGACGCUGGCCCUCCUGGGGCCAUGGGGCAACGAGGUGCUGGGACAAGUCCGACUCUCCUCGUUUUCUGGGCCUUAUGGGACAACAGGAGGGACCCCCUUCUCCUUCUCCGGGGACCAUCUCCAGGGGCGCAUCACAGGCCUGCGGGUCUGGGAGCAGCCAGGAGGCAUCAUUCGUGGGAUCCAGCUGCAGUAUGGUGGGAGCACCUGGAGCAGGUACUAUGGCCCUGGGACUGAUGUCAUCCACGAGUUUCUCCUCCUCCCGGGAGAGAACAUCACGCAGGUGUCGGGGAAGUACCAAAGCUACAUCCAGCAGCUGAUCUUCAUCACCAACAAAGGGCACCAGUUUCACGUGGGCCAGCCGGCCGGGACCUCUUUCAAUGCCCUGCCCCACCGGCCCACGGCCACUCUCCGCUACAUCAGCGGCCAGUACAACAGCGUCGGCCUCACCAAUGUCGGCUUCCACUGGGAGAUGCCCAAGAAGGCCUGAGAGCCGGGCCCCGA